AUGCCACCCAAGAAAGGCGCGAAGAAGAGCGCAAAGAAGGCAGUCACGGUCGAGGAAGCGUCACCAUCGCCACCCCCCCUCCCUUCAGAGCCUGCCCCUGCAGUAGUAGAAGAAGGGGAUGCGGAUGCGCCGGUAGAUGUUCCCAUCGCCAGCCUCGGUGGCGACGAUGAGGAUGAUGUCGCGGCGGAGAACGACGAGGAGGAUGAGUGGGACCCGUCAGAAGAGAGGCGUCCGGGGGAGCCCGCAACCAAGAAGCAGAAGGGGAAGGGAAAGGCGGUUGAGGCAGAGAUAGAGGAACCGCACCCAUGGCAGGCCGUCUGGUCCGCUGAAAAGAACGCGUGGUAUUUCUGGAACACCAAGUCUGGCGAAGUGACCUGGACGAAUCCCCUCCCUGCUCCCGCCGCCACCGAGUCCGCUCCGCCCUUACCCGCUGGCCCCGCACCCUCAUCCUCAGCCCAGCCGCAGGCGCCCCUCCCCGCUCAGCGAAGAUUCGGUGUCGUCCCAGAGAUCGAUCCAGCGCUAGCUUUCUUGCUCCCGCCCGAGGCAAGGGGAGGCGUAUCCGACCCCACCGCCCAAUCAGCCAUGUUCAAUGCCCGGACCGGGAGAUUCACGGCCAACGACUACAUGUACAAUGUUGAGCACCUGGACGAGUACAACCGGAUGAAGCGAAUGAACAAUCAGUACUUUGAUCAGGAUGCGUGGGAGAGGGAUAUGGCGGAGCAUAAUGCCAAGAAGAAGCGGGAUGCGGAGGCGGGGGUGGCUCCGAAGCCGCUGAGCAAGAAGGAUAUGGAGCGAUUCCGGAAGAUGAAGCAGGAGAAGAGGCUAAGGGGCCAAGCGUGGCUGAGGGAUUAG